GCGACGGCGUGCGCAGCGAGUGUCGGUUUGUAGCGGCGGAGGAGAGUCGGAGCGGCGAGCCCGAGCAAGGCCGCUUUAGCUACGAGGCGGUGGGAAUUGGAGCCGGAGUCGUUGGGCCGAGCUGGGCCGCCGGUGUUGGCCGCCAUGUCGGUGUUUCACGAUGAGGUGGAGAUCGAGGAUUUCGAGUUCGACGAGGAGACGGAGAGCUACUACUACCCGUGUCCGUGUGGGGACAAGUUCUUCAUCAGCAAGGAAGACCUGGAGAAUGGGGAAGAAGUCGCGACGUGUCCAAGUUGUUCUUUGAUUAUCAAAGUCAUUUAUGAUAAAGAUCAGUUCAUGUCUGGAGAACGAGUGGAAAUGGUGACCACAGAUAAAUUAGAAAAAUUGAAAUGCUGAUUUUCGAAGAGGCUGCAGUCCUGAUGAACUUUUAAGGACGUGUUGAGGCGUGUUUUUUAAGGACUGGACACUGGAUUAUGAAUGAAGAUGUGCAUGAAAAUGAGUUACAUUAACCACAUGCAAGAAUUGACUGGAUUCAUAGAUGCAUUUGUUAUGCAAACUACACACAACGACACAUAAUACAAUACAUAUGGUGUAGCAGUUUUAUUAUGAUUCCUAGAAAUUUUAUGCCUUUGAGUUGGGGUGAAAUACAAGAUAAACACUCGAUCAAUGAACUUAAGACCGGGGCUCCUCCAGGAGAAAAAUUGGAAGCAAUGAUCUGCAUUAUGGUUUGUGUUUCUUGUUUCUUCAUUUCUUAAGUUUGUAAAGCUAUUGCUGAAUAAAAUUUCUAAAGUUAAAGGUUUACUACUAGAAAUUAUCAACUAUUAUUUUAAGCAGGAAGGUAUUAUAAAACCCUCUGACUUGCUUUGCCUGGGGAGAGCUCAGCAACAAAUUAUUGCUUCUGAAUGUGUUCGGGACAUUGUGCAAUAAUGUAUUUAUUUUUAAAGAAUUUGCUUUUCUGGAAAGUUAAAAUACAGAUGUGAAAGAAAAUACAGUUUAUUGUAUAAUCCUUUUAUAAAAUGAUCCUUUUAUAAAAUGA